AUCCAAUCCCUCUGGACCUCAAUUCUUUCCUCGACCUCAACCACCAAGAUUGAGCUCUACGGUAUCUUCACAAUUCAACUCUUCGCUUUCUGGCUCCCAUCCCUGCUACUUCUCUCCAUUGAUCGUUUCGUCCCUCCAUUCUCAUCACGCCAUAGGAUACAAUCGAAAGCGCCACCAACGCCAGCGCAGACAUGGCAUUGCAUAGACGUCGUACUAUUGAAUCAACUUCUCAUGGCCGCCACGAAAAUAUCUGAGCUAUGGAUUCUGCAAAGCUCAGGACGAGGCUCACUCUAUCGCUUCGACGACAAAAUCCCCUGCCUUUUCGAGGUGACCAGAGAUGUGGUGACAUGUAUCCUCAUCUGCGAAGUCCUCUUCUACUACUCUCACCGCUUCCUCCACCUCCCCGUCUGCUACAAAACCAUCCAUAACCAACAUCAUCAGUUCAAAGCUCCCAUUGCAUUGGCUGCUCAAUAUGCUCAUCCGCUCGAAUACCUGAUCAGCACGAUCUUACCUCUUUGGCUGCCUCCACAACUCUUGCACUGCCAUUUGCUUACCACUUGGACUUUUUGGACAUUGGCAACGCUGGAAACGGUGAUUGCGCAUAGUGGAUAUGGUGUUUUUGGACAGCUGGCGAGAAGUCAUGAUAAGCAUCAUGAGAAAUCGAGAGGCAAUUUUGGUACGCUGGGAUUUUUGGACUGGGUGCAUGGGACGGGG